AUGAAAGAUGUCAUUCGUUUCCCAGCUCCAACAGAUGACGCAGAAUGGAGUGCUCUUGGGUUUUAUGACAAGAGUGGAGCACCUUCCUACAACUGCCUGGCUGCGAUUGAUUAUCGCAAGAAGUUUUGCUACCUUGGCGUUUUCAGCGGGAGCAACUCGGACCAGUCGAUGUGGAACCAGUCCGAGGUACUGGGGCCUCGGGCUAGAGAGAUCUUUGUGGCCAUUUCUAAUGGUGCCAUUUGGCUUACUCGGAAUCAGCGAUGUUUUAACUACCACCUCUCUUCCACCAGGAUUCUUGUCGAGUCCGUGUUUGGCAAGUGGAAGGCUCCCUUCAAAGUCCUUCAUGGCGUGACCGACCGGCGUACACAUAAGAGAAAUGCCCGGAUGAUUUGCGCUGCCGCUGUCCUGCACAAUCUGCUAAUUGACAUCUGUGACAACCUCAAGUUCAAGUUCGUUCGAACCGACAAAUGCCGGUUGCUGACGUGUCGAAAGUAG